AUGGAACAAUUAGUUGAUUUACAUCUUGGAGGAAAUUGCUUCACAAAACCCAUCAUAAUCAAUGCAUCAAGUGCCCCAUCUCUUCACAUGUUGGAUCUAAGUGGGAACUAUUUGCAUGGCUAUCUUCCAAAUCAUCUGCCUGUUCUUCCAAAUUUGGGUGUUCUUCACUUAAGAGGAAACCAUUUUUUUGGCCAAAUACCAGAGUCAUUAUGCCAAAUGACAAAGUUGCACACAUUAGAUCUUUCAAAUAACCAUUUGUCAGGGAGCAUACCUUCUUGUCUCAACAGCAUUACAUCAUGGAAGGAAAAAUCUGAACUUGAAGAGUUUCUCCCUUAUUUUGAUCAAGGCGGCGAAAUGGCCAAUGAAAUCGAAAUCAAUUUUGCCACCAAGGGUAACAUGCACACUUACAAGGGUGUUCCUCUGCGUUACAUGACUGGGAUUGAUUUGUCAAUGAACCAACUAACAGGUCAAAUUCCAACAGAAAUAGGAGACCUGAGAGAACUCCACUCGUUGAACCUUUCCAAUAAUUUUUUGGCAGGCCAUAUCCCCGAGUCCUUUCAAAAUUUAGAACAAUUGGAAAGUUUGGAUCUUUCUCACAACAAACUUGAAGGAAGGAUCCCACAUCAAAUAACCAAACUCAAUUUUCUUUCGACCUUCAGCGUGGCCUUCAAUAAUCUCUCAGGCAGGAUCCCUUAUGAAGAUCACUUCAUUACAUUUGAUAACAAUAGUUAUAUUGGUAAUGAUGAACUCUGUGGACCACCGCUGCAAAAGAAUUGUUCCUUGUUCGAGAACCAGGCACCAAGGCCUAAAGGCAAUGACUUUGGAAGUGGGAAGAAAAAAUUGUUAGCCAAGGUCAUGGAUGAAGACUUGUUUUUCUAUUCAUACGUGGCUAUUUGUUAUGCAUUGGGUUUUUGGGGUGUUAUUAUCCCGCUGAUUUUGAGCAAGAAUUGGCGCCGGAAGUACUAUGGAGUCAUUAAUGGGUGCAUUGACAGGUGUAGGGAGUGGUUGUUAGGAUUUUCAUUUUAUGUACAUAAUUAUUUUUAA